GAUCAACACAACAGCAUCGGUGAUUUUUCCCACCUGGAGGAUCUAGACGCAUUGUGAUUUUCAAUUUCCAAGCCCUAGCACCCAUCGCUCCCGUUUCUGUUCUGUUGGAGGUUCAUGGCGUUCCCGAAAACGGUAGGUCCCGUCCAGGCGGCCCAAAAUCCUUCUCAACCGGCGAAACUACGGUGGGGCGAACUAGAUGAGGACGACGGCGAGGAUCUUGAUUUCUUGCUGCCGCCGCGACAGGUGAUAGGCCCCGACGAGAACGGCAUAAAGAAGGUGAUCGAGUACAAAUUCAACGAAGAUGGGAAUAAGGUGAAGAUCACUACUACCACUCGUACUCGUAAGCUUGCUAACGCUCGCCUCAGUAAGCGGGCCGUUGAGAGGCGAUCCUGGGCUAAGUUCGGCGAUGCCGUUCACGAGGAUGUUGGCAGCAGGCUCACUAUGGUGUCCACCGAAGAGAUUCUCCUCGAGCGACCUAGGGCUCCGGGUAGCAAACCAGAAGAACCAAAGGUUGCUGGAGACCCGUUGGCUCAAUUCCAAAAGGGUGCUGUUCUCAUGGUUUGUAGAACUUGUGGGAAGAAGGGUGACCAUUGGACUUCAAGGUGUCCAUACAAGGAUCUUGCCCAGCCAAUAGAAUCUUUUAUUGAUAAGCCUGCUGCUUCAGAAGCUGCGACUGCUGCUUCUGGUCCAACCAAGGGAGCAUAUGUUCCUCCUGGUCUAAGAGCAGGUGCAGAGAGAACUGGAUCAGAUAUGCGACGAAGGAAUGAUGAAAAUUCUGUACGGGUCACCAAUCUCUCUGAAGAUACGAGAGAGCCUGACUUGCUUGAACUUUUCCGCCCUUUUGGUGCUGUAAGCAGGGUCUAUGUUGCUGUUGAUCAAAAGACAGGCAUUAGCAGAGGAUUUGGCUUUGUCAACUUUGUGAACAGGGAAGACGCCCAGCGAGCGAUUAGCAAACUGAAUGGAUACGGUUAUGACAACCUGAUCCUUAGAGUUGAAUGGGCCACGCCGAGGACGAACUAAAUUUUGUGUAGCCCUUCGCUUCAAAACUAUACUUUGAAUGGCCUAUGUAGUUUUGCUACCGGCAUUGUAUUUUCUUCAAAUUUUGAGACUGUUAUAAUUAUUUAAGUAAUUGUUGCUAA